CAGUUACUAGGCCAACACUCUAACCACUAGGCUACGCUUAGAUGGAAACAUGUCUACAUUCCAAUCUGGAAUGAAGAGGAAAGUCUAAAGACUAUUUCAUUUUUGGUCCCAUAAUGUCUUCACCACAUUUGUGUGUUUCAGUGGAUUUGUGUAUAUGUGUAGGGCUCUAGCAAUUGAUGAUGCAUACUUCAAGUUUAUGUUGUGUGUGUCGAUACAUGGGAGACCAUUAACCGAAGGACCUAUGUGGCAGGGAUACUUUCUGCACACAUAAUGAUGUGACUAAUCAGUGCUUUUUGCAGACUGCAGAAUGUAGGCCUACAUAACAGACAAUAUUGGGGUGGUUAUGGGUUGACAAUCAACCACACCAAAUACAAGCAUGGAAAUAGAAUCAUACAUGGAUCAGAUUGUGUUUUCUAUGCCAGUCUUCAGUCACAUUCUGGCAUAGGCCUAGAUGAAACUGAGAUUAGGCAAGGAUUAAGGGACCAUGAUUAGCUGUGCUUAUGGUAUUUCAGGAUUCUUUUUAUCUUGCUUUGAGGAUAGGGCCAGCUAGAAAAAUAUAAUUUCUCUCCACUAGAGGUCCUAAAACUGCAAACAAAUUCUCACCAUGCACUCACAUGAAACAUGUGUCCCUUAAAAUACAGGAUUUAAAAAAUGCAGCCCAAAUUUUCUCAAAAUGCUCAGUGUUUCAAUUGGGCCUGAACAUAUUCCACAGCCUUUUAUCUUUCUUUUGCAGAUGGAAAAGAAAGGUAGAUGAACACUUUCAAGGCUUCAGACAUACAUCAAUAGAACAGUGUAGAACUUGAGAAAGGGUCCCAUAGAACUCUAAUAGUAAAGGAUCCAUAAUGAGUGAGAGAGCAUGAGCAAUGGGAGGAAGUAGGCUCCAUUGAGCAGGUGGAUUUCUGUCCACUAGUCUGGUGCCUCAUCAUACAAAGGGUAUCUGUCUCCUGUGCCACAGGUUGAUACUAGGCUCAGGUACUGUAACAUGAGACUGAAGUGAACCAUGUGACCAUAGGGGCGACGUGAAGAGGGAAUUAAAAAAAACUGUUUUACAUAGUUAAACCUAUACAGGUAGUCUAAUAUGAGAUAUAUCAAAAUAAACCCAUUCAGCCAGUAAAACGGCUUUGCGAUCGGAUUUAGUUUGCAGAUUAUUUUUCAGACAUUGUUGGGAGAGGUUUAUUCAUAAACACGUCCUGACAUAUGAUCCAGUUUCGGUUCACCCACUCACUCGUUUAGGUGAGGCGGCGGAAGCGAGACGGUGUUUUUUUCGCAAGGAGUUGGAUUGAUACCCGUUGCCUAACGGAUAUCAACAUUAUUCGGUGAAAAGAGCGGCCCUGGAGACUGACACCGGUGUGCUUGUCUGCUGAGCACUACUCCUGAUGAUAUGGCCCCGACCUGAUGUCCAGGCGUCCCCUUGCUGAUGGUCUACCCUCUUUAGAACCCAUUGGUUUGAAUGGAGAUGGCACUGCUCCCAGACAUCGCAGCCUGGCCUGGUCUCCUGACUGGGAGUGUCCUACUCCUGGUCUUGGGGAGUAAUCCUUCCUGGGUUGUGGGGGACAACACAACUAAUAGUCUACCCUCUAACACAACUGCCCCAGGACCCAACAUUGCAGCUAUUGUGGCCCCGACUGUUAUACUGGGGCUGCUGGCCAUAGCAUCUGCUGUGCUAGUGUGGCUUUUCUGCGUGGUGAGGAAGAAGAGGCAGACGGAGGGGACAUACCGGCCCAGUGCUGAGGAGCAGACGGGGGCCAGCAGUGUUGAGACACCAGACGCACUCAAACUGCCCAAGGAGGAGAGACUCAUCUGAGCCUAUUCUCUCAGAAGUCUCUCAACACCUGUCCUGUACAUCCAAGCAACAGCUAAAUCCUGAUGACUGUAGAAGCUCCACCUAAAGAGCUGAUGAUUACCUAGAUAUUAGAGGGUCAUGACACAACGUUGACAGAUACAGGAUGGGACAAGAGGUACACAGCACCUAGCCCUGGAAGAGGAGGGCCCAGGCACUGUGUACUGUACGUACUGCAAGCACAUGGACUAGUGCUAGUACAGGACCUGGACACAGACGUUGGGAUAGCUCCUGCAAAUACCACAGUUUGUAACUAGAACAACUAGAACUAAGGUUCAUGAGGCUCUGACUGCUUUCUCUAUGGUGUGUUAUUUAAUAGCACUGGAAUAUUUGAAUGGGAUAGACAUGUACACAAUCAUUCAAAUGGUCAUACUGGAAACAAACCAUCACCUGCACUAGAUGGAAGAGGACCAGUAUUCAGUCCCUGCUCAUACUCGUCUUUGGUAAAUACAUUUCAGUCUGAGUAUUUCAGUCAUCUGUCUAGGCAAUUUGUCUCUCUCAACAGCUACAAAAAGACUGGAUACAGUCUUAACUGCUGUAAUCGUAAGCAGACUGCUGUUACCUGUGCUACCUUGAUACAUGUAAAAAAUUAUAUUGGAAUGUAAUGUAUAUGUUCGUAUAAAUGCCUUAUAGAUUACUUAAAUGUAUAGCGUGCAAUAAUAUUUGUUUAACCACUAUUGAUUGUCAGAAAAGCAUUUAAUUGUCUAGAUUUUUACACUGAUUACUUACCUCAAUAUAUAUGUCUCACUACUGAAUCAGUCCUGUAUACAGCUUUACAGAUAAUGACACGGUAAGCUAAUAUUAUCUGGAAAACAUUUCUCCCAGUGGGAUAUUCUGUUUGCGGAUACUGUGUGCAGAACAAAUAAUCAUGUCAUUAUUAAUAAUAUUUAAGCACAAAAUGAAUGAUUGUUUACAUUUGAAUAAUUGUAUUGUAGUAUUUCAGAAUUUAACAUUCAUUUCAACAUUGGCUGAAAUGUGAUACUACAUUAGAUCAUAUCUUCUAUGUGUGUUCUUACCAGUACGCUGUUUGUAUUUUGAAAAGCCUAUGAUGGGAUUAAAUUCUCAUCAUGUAGAGUUGUUAUACAAUGUCAUGACAUAUUUAUCUUUUGUUGCCUACAUUUUAAAUAAAUACCAAUAGUUAUUUUUA